UCUCUCCAGGUUAUGGAAGAGUGACAUGACGCUCAGAAGCAGCUUUCUGGAGAACGGAAUGCCAGAAGCUUACAGGAGGGAAUCCUGGCCAAUCACCUUGCCAAACAAAAGCAGAAAGAAAUGGCUGAUAAGGAAAUGAACUCUUAGCAUCGAAAGGAACGAAGGGGAAGAAGCAGGAGCAGCAGGAGAAAUGGCGCUUUGAAAGCUUGCAGAGAUUGCCUGGAAGAACUGGAAGAGGUCUGGGACCUGACUUCACUUCUGCAAAGACACCUGGGGAGGUUGCCUGACAAGGACAGCUUUCAUCAGAUCUCAUGGCAAGAUUCACCUGGUGAGGUUUGCAAAGCAGUGCCUGCUGGAGCCCACCCACCAUGCAGGGAAGAGGCGGCUCCCACCAUUUCCCCAGCUCCUCUGACCAAGCAGCCUCUACCCUGCACUUCUGCCAUUUCUCCAGGGUCAGUUUCCACUUACUCAGAGUCAUACCUGAGUGCCUCUCCAACACCAGAGCCUUUCUUUCCCCUGGACAGCCUUUCCCCCUGGCCACUGGCUGUUUCCCCUUCCCCACCAAGCCCGCCUCAUGGGAGAGCCUGCCCUCCACCUCCAGCACCCUGCUCUACCCCAACACCAUCAGGCUCCAUGCUGAGUCUCACUCAGGGUGACUCCACGACACGCACACUGGGUACCAUCCCACACAGGUCAUCUCCACACUCCCCCUGGAGACCAGCCAUCCCAGGGAUUGUCCAUUCAAGCAGCCCUGGAUCGGCCCUGGCCUGGUGGCAGGAAGCAGCCACAGCCUGGAGCUUCUCCACCUCAACACACUUAGAGUCCCAGAAAGAAAGCCUUCCCCUCUACCCACCAGAGGCCUCAUUCUGGGAAGAUCCCCGAAACGGGCAGGGAGAGGCUGGUGGCCUCGCUUUUAUCAACCCUAAUGUCCAGGAGCUACUGGAAAUACUGGUCACCAAAAGAGUGGAACUGAAGUCUUGGGAGAAGAAAGAAAAGGACAAGGAGGCAGGCUACCACCUGAAUUCUUUGGGGAAGAGGAUCGAGUCGCUGGGUCACAAACAGGACACCUUGGGUCACCAACACUUCUUGAACAUAACUGGCAAAAAUGAUCAGCUGCUUGGUCCCGAGAAGCCCCAAUAUCCUGACACUCUGGGGGGCUGUCUACAGAAGACAUGCAGCCAGCUCUUCUGGGGUCUCCCCUUUCUGCACAGUGAGUCUCUCAUAGCUGCUGUCACAGUACCUGGGUCAGCUCUAGAGUUAUGCCCUGUCUUAUUUAACGAACGCUCUAAAGCCAAACCAUUGCAUAUUCCAGCUAAAGUAACUUCACAGCUGUCAUUGGCCAAGCACUUGACCCAACCUGUGGCCCAGGCUCAACCUCAGUCCUUGACUCCCACCAUGCCCCAGUUGCAGCCAUCACCUCUGGGUCACAUGGAGACCCAGGCCCAACCCCUACCCUUAACUCCAAUCAUGCCCCAAUGUCAACCAUCAUCUGAAGUUUCAUUGGAGACCCAGUCCAGCUCCCAAAUCGUGGCUUCAACCAUGCCUCACUCUCUACCACCAACUCGGGCUCACAUGGAGGCCCAGGCCCGACCCCAAAUCUUGGUUCCAACCCUGCCUCACUUUCAGCCACCACCUCAGACUCACAUGGAGACCCAGGCCUGCCCCCCACCAUGGACUCCACUCACGCCCCAAUUUCAACCAUCACCUCGAGCUCACAUGGAGACCCAGGUGCGAUCCCAACUCUUGGCUCAAACCAUGUCUCAUUUUCAACUACCACUUCGGGCUCACAUGAAGACCCAGGUUCUGCCCCUAGUCCAGACUCCAUCCAUGUCCCAGUGUCAACCACCACAACCUCAAGCUCACAUGGAGAUUCAGGACCAAUCCCUACCUUGGACUCCAAACAUGCCCCAGUUUCAACCACUUGUUCAGGCUCAUGUGGAGACCCAGGGCCGAUCCCUACCCUGGACUGCAACCAUGCCUCAAUGUCCACCAUCAUCUGAGAUUUCCAUGGAGGUCCAGGACCACUAACAACCCUCAGCUCCAACCAUGCCCCAGUUUCAACCACCUCCUCGGGCUCACGUGGAGAUCCAGGCCCAACCGAUACCCCUGGCUCUAAAUAUACCUCACUGUCAGCCAUCUUCUCGUGCUCAUAUGGAGAUCCAGGCCCAACCUCAAUUUUUAACUCCAACCAUACCCCAAUAUCAUCCACAACCUCAGGCUCAGUUAGAAACCACUGUCCAUCUAUCACGCUCCCCCCUAGUCCAGUCAUCAUCUUCUCAACGCCAGAUUGGCAUUGAGAAGUCCUUUGAAACAUCUUGCACUACAGUCCCAAAUAAGGCAUCAUCUUUCAGUUCAAAUGCAAUUGAAAACCUGGAAUGUCACUUUUGGAAAAAACAACUAGAAAGCAGGAGAACUUUGCCCUCUUUGGUUAAAAAUUCUCAGCAAGUCUUUAGCCAGGUCACUCUCAACCCAUCCCAGGAGACCAGGUCUUCCCAGGCCCACAGCUCUGUCCCCAUCCUUCCUGGGCAUUUGAUCAGCCCUGAGGUUCGGAAGAAACUGGAGCACCACAUUUCCCAAAGGUUCAUGCAGCAACAGAGUGGCCUGCCCUGCAGAAUCCAAGCAUCUCAGAAACUGAUGCAGCCCCAGGAUCAAUACCCAAGGCCAUGUCAGGCACAGGGCAGGGAGGGGCCCUCAAGAUCUUCUGCAGGUCGAGGCAAAAUGAGCCAGGAUGUACAAAAGAUGAGGUCCAAGUGCCCAGCACAAAUCCUACCAGGGACAGACCUGUGCCAUGAGGUGGGGCAGAGUGUGGGGAAGAUCGUAAAAGAUCUGUACAUGUUCCCAGCCAACCCUCCAGUGAAGGACCCAAGAGCAAAACCUGCAUCAGAAGUAGAGUUGAGCCUAGACAGGAAGCAACCAGAAGUCUCAGGAGUCCUUACAGAGAGGAAGGCAGAGCAGAUCUGUGAGAGUGAGAUCCCUGUGAAUGUCUGUCACUUGAGGCUUGUGGACAACCUUGCUUUAGGCACUCUGGGAGAGACAAAUGCUCCAAUGAAGACAGAAAGUACACAGUCCUCUCAGGAUGGGAAAGCCUCCAUGACCACCUCCCAUGAGUCUCUUGUCCUCAGCCCGUAUACUGAGCAGGAGUUGGAAGCACAUAUAAUAAGGUUUCGGGUGAGGCACAGGUGGAGCCUACUCUUCAAAGUCCUUAAGUUCAUAUUUCGCUUGAAGUUGAAAAAGGUUCAAGUGCCCACAUUGAAGGUCACCUCUGAAUCUGGAUACCAGUCAACUGCCCUAUUAACCAAGGGCUUGGGGAAACCUCCUCAGCCCCAUGCAGGUGUCUGCGGGGUCAGCUCCCCCCACCCUCAGCACUGA